AUGGCCGAAAAACUCUCCCAAGAGGAACUGAAAGAGCUGAAGGCUGCUUAUGAAACAGGAAACCUCACUGGAGCAGCAGCAAAACUGCAGGAGGAGCUGGAAUCAUUAGAAAAAAUCCCACUGGACAUCGCCAUCACAGGAGAGUCGGGCUCUGGAAAAUCAUCCUUCGUCAACGCCAUCCGGGGCCUGGGAGAUGAAGAUGAAGAUGAAGGUGCUGCGAAGACUGGAGAGGUUGAAACAACAAAGUAUCCAAAGGCUUAUCCACACCCUUUACUCCCCAAUGUAACAGUAUGGGAUCUGCCGGGAAUUGGGACACCGAGUUUUCAGGCAGACAAGUACCUCAAACAAGUAAACUUCAGCUGCUAUGACUUCUUCAUCAUCAUCGCCUCAGAGCGCUUCACUUACCACCACAUCACACUCGCCCGGGAGAUUCACAAGAUGGGAAAGAGGUUUUAUUAUGUGCGCUCCAAAGUGGAUGCCGACUUGUACGCAGCUCAGACCCGCCGGCCCAGCACCUACAAUGACAUGCGGAUCCUGCAGGGCAUCCGGGACAACUGCAUCAAGAACCUGAGGGAAGCAGGUGAGGUCUCCCCACGGGUUUUCCUGAUCUGUAGCUGGAACUGGGACAAGUAUGAUUUCCCGCUCUUGCAGGAGACACUGGAGAAUGAGCUGGAUGAUCAGAAGAGACACGCUUUCAUCCUCGCCCUGCCCAACAUCUCGACAAAGAUCCUGGAAAAGAAAAAGGCUGAACUGAAGAAACAUAUUUGGAAACUGGCCCUUGUGUCAGGUGCUAUUGCCGUUAUUCCUGUUCUAGGUCUCUCAUUUGCUUGUGAUGUAGCCAUCUUGAUGGUAAACAUGAAACGUUACCUCACUGCCUUUGGCUUGGAUGAUAAUUCCCUUACUAGACUCGCUAGGCAGGUUGACAAGCCCGUUGCAGAACUGAAGUCUGUAAUUAAAGCAGUUCCUCUGGCCAACUCAAUAUCAAAAGAGUGGGUGGUGAGUCUACUGUCUAAAUCUGCAUGUGGUGCAGUGAUGAUAGCUGAAGAGGCUUUAGAUUUAAUACCAGUUGUUGGUUCUUUGUUAUCUGGAGGAGUUUCCUUUGGAACCACCUAUUACAUGCUGAACAGCUUUCUGAAUGAUGCUGCCAAAGAUGCCCAAAAUGUUCUGGCCAAAGCUCUGUCUUAAGCAAAAGGUAAAGAGUACAAAUAUC